UUUUCUGUUUCCUGGACAUUAGGACCACUGAGAUUCCCUUGGAUGACUCAGGCCCAGGGCGGCAAUCUCUUUGGCUCACUAAAUACUAACAGCUCGCAGGAGGGCCAGGCCCAGGAAGCUGGAGCAUGGAGCUCAGCAGAUCUGUAUCUGCACAUUGUCUUUGCCUGGCAGCACCUGACCUUGGAGCAGUCAAGCCCGAGCUGCUUUCCCAAGUGGGCUUCCUGGGCAGGGACCUCAUCGGUCCUGUCUCCUUGGGGUGCCCUGGGGCCUGCACAGAACGCCCUCUCCAUGCUCAGCCAUGUGUCAGGCGGUGCCCUGAAGAGACGUGGCUACAGAUAGACCAUGUCCUUGUCAAGACGCCACUGCCAAGUUAUGGUGGUCUUAGAUGGCUCUGGGGAAGACCUGGGAACACCUAGAUCACUGGGAUUUCACUGGCCUGGUUCCCUCCCUUCUGGCAUUCUCCCACUGGGACCCCUCUCAGUACCAGUCACUGCAACCUCUUCUCUGGGGUGUCAGAAGGAGCCUCUCCCACUUCCCCCUUCUGCUUCAAUUUUGAUUGGAGGCGUUGUUGUAAUUGCUAGCUUUGAUCCUUUUCAAUUAACUACUCAACUACUGGCUGCAAUUCUCGUUAGGUAAAAGCUUCGAUUGCUCUUUCCUGGUUGCUUAAGUGCGUUGAGUUGGACACCCACACAAGGAGGUAAAUGCCUGGGGUCAAAGACCUUCUCUUUGCUUCUAGAAUGUUUACCCUGGUGGCAUUUCUUGUUGACUCCUGGCAUCCAAUGCUAAAUCAUAGGACUGUAAUCUGAAACUCUUCACAAGUGAUUUUCCCCUGAAUAAACAUCAGAAGGGCAUUGCUUUCUCCCAGGCCUCCUUCGCCCUACUCACCGGCUCAUACUUUCUGAGCAGGAUCGCAGGCACCGAGUAGGUACCUGUGCCCUUUGGCAAUGUUCUUAGUUAAAUUAGAGGUUCCAAAGAAUGUGUCCUUUGAAAGGAAAUGGCACCACCAUUUCCAUGGAGCGAGGGGGUCAGAGCAACUCUGAGAUCUGCCACCAUCCCAGGCUGCUGGGGAGAGUGGGCAGGACAGACUGAAACAGGUGUUCAUGUGGAGGGAGCCCCUGACAGACCUCAUGGAGCCCCAGGACAUGAGGGCUGAAGGCACCACCGCCGGCCCUGAGCCUGGGCAGCUGGAAAGCCCUGACAUUCGACGCGCGAUGGUACGGAGUGCAGGUAACUUGAAUGACAGAUGCCCCACCUCAAAUGGGAGCAGCCCAGUUAGGCAGAAGAUGGGGCUGCCUGGCAGUCGGCUGUGAAACUGUUGAGGGAAGGCCUGAGCCAGGCCCUGGCCCACAGCAUUCAGAGCAACCACACAGGAAAGCAAAUGAAACCUCAAUUCAUGUCAAUAUUUGUAAGUUGCAGGCAGUUACUUACACGGGAACAUCCAACUAAAACAUCAGCCAGUUAUCAUUCCACUAAAGGCAAAAGCUUUUUGAGUACCUACCAUGUGUCGGCUAUUGGAGCAAGGAUGUGGGAGACAGAUGAACAAGACUCAGGAGCUGCCUUGAGGAUGUCACAAGAGCUGGUGAUGUUGCUGGAGUGGUGGUCGGGCACGGAGUGCAUCAUCCACACAGACCCCCGGGCCUACCCCAAGUAUGGAAAGGAAAAUGCCAUCGUGGUUCUGAACCACAAGUUUGAGAUUGACUUUCUCUGUGGUUGGAGCCUGGCCGAACGCUUUGGGGUUUUAGGGGGCUCCAAAGUCCUGGCCAAGAAGGAGCUGGCCUACGUGCCCAUCAUUGGCUGGAUGUGGUACUUCACCGAGAUGGUCUUCUGCACGCGCAAGUGGGAGCAGGACCGCAAGACCGUCGCCAAGAGCCUGCUGCACCUCCGGGAUUACCCCGAGAAGUACUUUUUCCUGAUUCACUGCGAGGGCACCCGGUUCACGGAGAAGAAGCACCAGAUCAGCAUGCAGGUGGCCCAUGCCAAGGGGCUGCCCAGCCUCAAGUACCACCUGCUGCCGCGCACCAAGGGCUUUGCCAUCACCGUGAGGAGUUUGAGAAAUGUAGUUUCAGCUGUAUAUGACUGUACACUCAAUUUCAGAAAUAAUGAAAACCCAACACUGCUGGGAGUCCUAAAUGGAAAGAAAUACCACGCAGAUUUAUAUGUCAGGCGGAUUCCUCUAGAAGAAGUCCCAGAAGAUGAGGACAAGUGUUCCGCCUGGCUCCACAAGCUCUACCAGGAGAAGGAUGCCUUCCAGGAGGAGUACUACAGGACAGGCACCUUCCCGGAGACGCCCAUGGUGCCCCCCCGGCGGCCCUGGACGCUCGUGAACUGGCUGUUCUGGGCUUCGCUGCUACUCUACCCUUUCUUCCGCUUCCUCGUCAACAUGAUCAGCAGCGGGUCUUCCCUCACGCUGGCCAGCUUUGUCCUCGUCUUCUUUGUGGCUUCCAUGGGAGUUCGAUGGAUGAUUGGCGUGACAGAAAUAGACAAGGGCUCUGCCUACGGCAACAUCGACAGCAAGCAGAAACAGAACGACUGACUCAGGACACGUUGCCAUCCAAAGGGGACCUUGGGAACUGGUGGACGCUGCCUGUCAUCCUUGGUGGGACCCAGUGACGAAGCUGGGUGAGCCCCUGCUGGGAAGGCAGGGGGUUUGGUCUCAAUGCCGAAUGGGGAGGAAGAUGUGCUUAAAUCUUUUUUCCCUAUAUGCUUUAGUGGGUUUCGGUUCUCUUUCUUUUCGUGUGAGAGUGUGUGAGCACGUGAGUAUGUGUGUGUGUAAGAGAAAGAAGACACAUAAGUGAGAAAGGCGGGCGGUUGAGCGUGAGCCUCAUUCUGUGAUCAUUCAGAUGGUAUUUGAGGCACAGGGGGAGGGCAGGGAUGGGGAGUGAGGGCGAAAUGUUCCCUUCCAUCCUUUGGUGCUGUUUUCUGUAACCCUGGAUCGCCAGAUAUAGAGUGAAAGGCGCUUUAGGUGAGAAAACUAAAUUAUGCCUCCAAAAAAAAAA